AUGGUUUGUGACCCAGACGCCGCGAUGCCCGGCGCUUGGUUGCUGCUCGCCAUGGCGCUGACCCUGACGGUGGCUGGUUUUCCGGGAGGUAGCGCACAGCCGGAGGUGGCCCAGCAGGAGGCAGCGAUGGCCGCCGAGCAUGCGGGUCUGGACGACCUCCUGCACCAAGCAGAGCGCCUCUUACUCCUCCGCGAAGACGUCCAGCGGCUGCGAGGAAACCAGGGCGAUCCCGAAUCUGAGUCUCAGAUCAUUCAACCCGACUGGCUCUCCAAGCGUCAGCAUCCAGGCAAAAGGGAGGGGGAGGCCCAAGAGGGGGUUGAAGAGGAGGAGGAAGAAGGUGGGGCUGUGGGCCCCCACAAACGGCAGCACCCUGGCAGGCGGGAGGAUGUGGCUGCCUGGUCCGAUGUCACCCAGCAAAAGUGGCAGCAUCCUGGCGGGCGCCCCUCCUGGCUGGGUUACACUUUCACCAAGAGGCAGCACCCAGGCAGACGGCUGGUGGAUUCCAAGGCCCAGAGGAGCUGGGAGGCAGAGGAGGAGGAAGAGGAGGAGGAAGAGGGCGAGCCCAUCCCUGAGAAACGCCAGCAUCCCGGCAAGAGGGCUCUGGGCGGCCCUUGUGGGCCUGGGGAAGCCUGUGGUCAAGCCAGCCUCCUGCUGGGACUCCUAGAUGAUCUGAGCAGGGGUCAGCGGGCCGAGGAGAAGCGGCAGCAUCCUGGGCGGCGGGCAGCCUGGGCCAGGGAGCCACUGGAGGAGUGA